CUGAGCUGCAGCCAAAGGAGCCUCUGUUAGAGGAGGGCUGGCUGGGGCCACUGCGGGGCAGACAGACAGAGGGCCCUAAUGGAGGAGCUGGUAGGGCUGCGCGAGGGCUCCCCAGGAAACCCCGUGACUCUUCAGGAGCUGUGGGGCCCGUGUCCCCGCAUCCGCAGAGGCAUCCACGGUGGCCUGGAAUGGCUGAAGCAGAAGCUGUUCCACGUGGGUGAGGACUGGUACUUCCUGGCGGCCCUUGGGGUGCUCAUGGCCCUGAUCAGCUACACCAUGAGCUUCGCUGUCGGGCGUGUGGUCCAAGCGCACAAAUGGCUGUACCGGGAGAUUGGGGACAGCCACCUGCUCCGGUACCUCUCCUGGACAGUGUAUCCCAUGGCGCUCGCCUCCUUCUCCUCCGGCUUCUCUCAGAGCAUCACGCCUUUCUCUGGAGGUUCUGGAAUCCCGGAGCUGAAGACCAUCUUGUCAGGUGUGGUGUUGGAGGACUACUUGGAUAUCAAGAACUUUGGGGCCAAAGUGGUGGGCCUCACGUGCACCCUGGCCACCGGCAGUACCAUUUUCCUGGGCAAAGUGGGCCCCUUUGUGCACCUGUCUGUGAUGAUCGCUGCCUACCUGGGCCGCGUGCGCACCAAGGCCAUUGGGGAGUCCGAGAACAAGAGCAAGCAAAACGAGAUGCUGGUGGCUGCGGCGGCGGUGGGCGUGGCCACAGUCUUUGCCGCCCCCUUUAGCGGCGUCCUGUUCAGCGUCGAGGUCAUGUCCUCCCACUUCUCUGUGCGGGACUACUGGAGGGGCUUCUUCGCUGCCGCCUGUGGGGCCUUCAUGUUCCGCCUCCUGGCUGUCUUCAACAGCGAGCAAGAGACCAUCACCUCCCUCUACAAGACCACUUUUCGGGUUGACGUCCCCUUCGACCUGCCAGAGAUCUUCUUUUUUGUGGUGCUGGGGGCCAUCUGUGGCAUCCUGAGCUGUGCUUACCUCUUCUGCCAGCGAACGUUCCUCAGCUUUGUCAAGACCAAUCUGGUCAUCUCCAAACUGCUGGCCACCAGCAAGCCUCUGUAUUCCGCGCUGGCCGCCCUGGUUCUCGCCUCCAUCACCUACCCGCCCGGUGUGGGCCGCUUCAUGGCCUCUCGGCUGUCCAUGAAGGAGCACCUGGACUCACUGUUUGACAAUAACUCGUGGGCGCUGAUGACUCGGAACUCAUCCCCACCCUGGCCCACGGAGCCCGACCCCCAGAACCUGUGGUUGGAAUGGUGCCACCCACGGCUCACCGCCUUUGGGACCCUUGCCUUCUUCCUGGUUAUGAAGUUCUGGAUGCUGAUUCUGGCCACCACAAUCCCCAUGCCAGCUGGGUACUUCAUGCCCAUAUUCAUCUUUGGAGCUGCCACGGGGCGCCUCAUAGGGGAGGCUGUCUCUGUUGCCUUCCCUGAGGGCAUUGUGUCUGGAGGCACCACCAGCCCCAUCAUGCCCGGGGGCUACGCCCUAGCAGCUCUGUCCCCUGCAGGGGCAGCGGCCUUCUCCGGGGCUGUUACCCACACCAUCUCCACGGCGCUGCUGGCCUUUGAGCUGACUGGCCAGAUUGUACACGCACUGCCUGUGCUCAUGGCCGUGCUGGCGGCCAAUGCCAUCGCUCAGAGCUGCCAGCCCUCCUUUUAUGAUGGCACCAUCAUUGUCAAGAAGCUGCCGUACCUUCCAUGGAUCCGGGGCCGGAGCAUCAGCUCUCACCGGGUGAUUGUGGAGCACUUCAUGAAUUGUACCAUCACCACGCUGGCCAAGGACACACCGCUGGAGGAGGUGGUCAAGGUCGUGACCUCCACAGACAUGGCCGAGUACCCCCUGGUGGAGAGCACAGAAUCGCAGAUAUUCGUGGGCACUGUGCAAAGAGCACACCUGGUGCAGGCGCUCCAGGCUGAGCCAUCUUCUUGGGCUCCAGGACACCAGCGGUGUCUCCGGGACAUCUUGUCUGGGGGCUGCCCCAUGGAGCCAGUGACCCUGCAGCUGUCCCCAGAGACAUCCCUGCACCAGGCACACAACGUCUUCGAGCUGUUGAAACUCCAGUCCCUCUUCGUGACAUCUCAGGGCAGAGCUGUGGGCUCUAUGUCUUGGGUGGAGCUGAAGAAAGCAAUUUCCAACCUUACAAACCCACCAGCUCCAAAGUGAGCCAGCCUGGCAAGAUGCAACAGGCCACCUCAGCUGCCGUGGUAAAGAAGACUGGCAGAGACCCUGCCUCUCUCCCCCCAUCACAAUAUACCCCUCCCGUCCAGCCCCACGCACUCCUCGGCCGGCAAAGCAGGCAGCUCUGACCCAGCACCGAAGAGUGUCCCAUCCUCACCCUGUCCCACCCUGGGUGCUACAUGCCUUGGGGGAAGGACCCCACCCUGGACAGAGCUCAGUGUGCGACAGGAGGUAACAGUGGUGCUCAAUGAAGGUUCACUGAAUUCACAAGAGAUUGGCGUAUGCUGUCACCAAGGGCAGGCACAGAUGCCUCUGGGAGUUGUAUAGCUCCCAACCAGAGGCUCUUGAGAAAAAUAAAGCUGUUUGCCAGAGCUGCAAUCCAUCUCA